AUGUUUUCUAGUAACACUGUGCCUAGUCCUAGGGAGAAUAUUUCUACUGUUACUCUAAGAAGUGGAAAAGUUAUGCAUGAAAUUGAAAAUAAAAAAAUUAGUGGAAAGAAUAAGAUUGAGGCUAGAAAUAAAAGUGAAUUUGAAGUGAUAAGUAAGGAAAAAGAACAGAGUGAAGAUAGGUUAGUGAAAGAGAGAAAAGUAGAUUUAGAAAAGAAUAAGUUUACAAAAGUUCCUUUUCCCCCUUUCCGCACUAACAUAGCAAAGAGGAGGUUGGAGAAGCAACUCUCCAAGUUUAUUUCUAUGUUUAAAAAGUUACGUGUAGACCUCCCAUUCUCUGAAGUUUUAGAAAAGAUGCCUCAAUAUGCCAAGUUCAUGAAGGAGAUACUCUCUAAGAAAAGAAGCUUGAGUGAAGAGAAUGAUAUCGUUGAGCUAACUGAGGAGUGUAGCGCUAUUUUGCAAAGGAAGCUUCCACCCAAACGAAAGGAUCCAGAUAGUUUCACUCUACCUGUUAACUUUGGGGCUUCAAAGGAAGUGAGAGCUUUAUGUGAUUUAGGGGCAAGCGUCAUUUUAAUGCCCCUAUCAAUGUUCGAGCGACUUAAUGUUGGAGAGCUGAAGCCAACAAUGAUGAUGCUUCAACUAGCAGACCGCUCCAUGGUGACUCCUUGGGGAGUUGUUGAAGAUGUGCUAGUGAGAGUAGGAGAGUUUGAGUUUCCGGUGGAUUUUGUGAUAAUUGAUAUGGACGAGGACUCUAAAAUACCAUUGAUUCUGGGAAGACCAUUCCUAGCCACUUCACAAGCGAAAAUAAAUGUGGGAAAAGGAACAAUAUCUUUAAGGGUAGCUGAUGAGAAAAUUACUUUCACCAUAUUUGACCUGAAGCCAAAGCAAAUUGAGAAGAAUGAUGCAUUCUUGGUGGAGAUGAUGGACGAGUGGAGUGAUGAGAAGUUGAAGCAGUUCUUCCUUAAAGAAAAAGCUGGAGCAUCAAAUAAGAAGAAAAAGAAGAACAUGCAGAGCGACCAAAUUGAGAAAGUCUACUCAAUGAGCAUGGUUGUCAACUCAGAGCAGAAGUAG